CAGGGACUUAGCCCUCUGCCUGGAUCUUGCCCUGUGGACCUCAGAAGCAGCCCAGAGCCUGGGAGUAGCCGUCUGCAGCAGGGGCAGCCCUGAGCAUGCCCAGUUUCUCUACCUCAAAGAUGAUAUCAUCAAAAGCCCCUCCGUCUCCUGGGGUGUUUGUGCCUAAAGGCCUUCCCUUGGUCUCCAGGCCCUGGUGCUUGUCUGGGUUUGCCCGGAACAGUGCCUGUGGCACCGUCCAGUCGGGUUUGAGAGUUGUCUGAAGAGCACCGUGAAGCUGGGAAAGGGGACCAGAGAAUUGAUCCAGAGAGUGUCGCGGUCCCUUACUACCUCUACCUUCUGCCUAGGGACGGAUCGGUGCGAGAAUAAACCAGUUUACCCAGCUUGGAGAUCUGCCUUAGUGAAGCCUGGGGAAAUCUUAAAACCGGAGAUGUGCGGUUGCGUGACCACAGCCUAUGCCGUGGCCGUGUGGGCGGGACUUCCUCUCCAGACAAGUUCCGGCGGAAUCCGGAAGUCGGAGCUUUUUCCUUCCUUGCCGGGUAGUUUGUUCGUUUUUCUGCUUGGGUUUCCUUGGUUUACCUGGGAAGGAGCCCUUGGGCUGCCCGCUCCACCCAUGGCGGGGGCCGCCCCAAGUACGGCCUUCGGGCAGGCAGUGAUCGGGCCCCCGGGCUCGGGGAAGACCACGUACUGCCUGGGCAUGAGUGAGUUCCUGCGCGCUCUGGGGCGGCGCGUGGCGGUGGUGAACCUGGACCCCGCUAACGACGGACUGCCUUACGAGUGUGCGGUGGACGUGGGCGAGCUGGUGGGGCUGGGCGACGUGAUGGACGCGCUGCGCCUGGGGCCCAACGGUGGCCUGCUCUACUGCAUGGAGUACCUGGAAGCCAACCUGGACUGGCUGCGCGCCAAGCUGGAGCCCCUGCGAGGCCACUACUUUCUCUUCGACUGCCCCGGCCAGGUGGAGCUCUGCACGCACCACACCGCCCUACGCAGCAUCUUCUCCCAGAUGGCCCAGUGGGACCUCAGGCUGACUGCUGUCCACCUUGUGGAUUCUCACUACUGUACAGACCCAGCCAAGUUCAUCUCUGUCCUGUGUACCUCCCUGGCCACCAUGCUGCACGUGGAAUUGCCCCACGUCAACAUCCUCUCCAAGAUGGACCUUAUUGAACACUAUGGGAAGCUGGCCUUCAACCUGGACUACUACACGGAGGUCCUGGACCUUUCCUACCUGCUUGAGCACCUGGCGUCUGACCCUUUCUUCAGGCACUACCGACAGCUCAAUGAGAAGCUAGUGCAGCUCGUGGAAGACUACAGCCUGGUCUCCUUCAUCCCUCUGAACAUCCAGGACAAGGACAGCAUCCAGCGAGUCUUACAGGCUGUGGAUAAAGCCAAUGGCUACUGUUUUGGGGUUCAAGAGCAGCGAAGCCUGGAAGCCAUGAUGUCCGCUGCAAUGGGAGCUGAUUUUCACUUCUCGUCCACUCUAGGCAUCCAGGAGAAGUACUUAGCACCCUCGGAGCAGACCGCAGAGCAGGAAGCCAUGCAGCUGUGACACAUGGGCCUGGAGAGCCGGGGACAGCUCAGCGAGGUACGGACCCAAAAACCACAUCCAGCCAGAGCAGAGGCUGAGAGGAAACCUCCAUCCCUGCAAAGGACUUCUAGAGAAGAAGCCACACAUAGCACCCUUUGUGGUGCCGACAAGCUCAAGCCCCAGGAGGACUGGCUCUACUUGGGCUGCAGUGGAUCGCCAUGCUAUGAUAGGAGAUUAGUCUCUAUUUUUUUCUUCAACCCUCUGGACCAGGGAUUUGGAAAACAAAGAAAUGUCUUUAAUUAACGUUUUAAUUAAAUUUAAUUUAAUUAAUGUUUUUAA